AUGUCAUCCCCCGCUCCAUCAACAUCCCACAACGCCGCCAACUCCACACAGGCCUUCAGUCUCAAAACACGACGACCAAUUGAUGAGGAUGAUUUGCUUACAGCUGAGGAUCGUGAGGCCAAAAGUACGGUUGAAAAGUUGGACUGUGCGACACGGCGCCGGGCUUGUAAGAACUGCACCUGCGGCCGAGCCGAGUUGGAGCGGCAGUUGGAGGCCGGUGGAAGUCAAGUGAUGGGCGCCAUGCCACCAGGAGGCUGCGGGAACUGCGCGAAGGGGGAUGCCUUUCGUUGCGCCGGCUGCCCGUACCUCGGUAUGCCUGCCUUUGAUAACGCAGUUGACGGGAAAGUGAAGUUGGAUCUUACUGAUGAUAUCUAA